AUGUGGUGUGAUGGUUCUGAUAGCUGUUGUCGUUGUCUUGUCCAAGUAGUGCAGACCUGUCAAAUAGCAGCGAAGGGGCCGACCCGCAGAAUGCAGCAGGCCCUUUUACCCACAACAUCCCAGGAGAACCACGUUGUGAAGAAUCACCGUAGGAUACCCAAAAAUUGCAAUGAUGACGGAUACUGUUCUUCUUCAAGCACUCCAAAGUCCUCAGGGCAGCUGAGCGCCACGGAGACCCCACCGGAGAAGGCGAGCAGCGAGCUGCUGAGAGAUGGGGCUGCCGCCCUACAGGGCGAGCUCUCCUCCUCCCUCGACGGGGAGAGGGCUGACGACGGUCGCCCCACCUGGAGCAAGAAGGCCGACUUCCUCCUGUCCAUCAUCGGAUUCGCGGUCGACUUGGCCAACGUCUGGAGGUUCCCCUACCUCUGCUACAGGAACGGGGGCGGAGUUUUUCUCAUUCCUUACGUCCUGAUGCUGGUAUUUGGGGCCAUGCCUCUAUUUUACAUGGAACUAGCACUCGGGCAAUACAACAGACAGGGACCAAUUAGUGUCUGGAAGAUAUGUCCGCUCUUUAAAGGCGUAGGGUUCUGCGCUGUCCUGAUCUCGUGGUACGUUUCCUUCUACUACAACGUGAUCAUCGGAUGGACGAUCUACUUCAUGGUGUCCUCUAUGACCGCCGAGUUGCCCUGGGUGAGAUGCGGCAACGAGUGGAACACAGCCAACUGUUGGGGGGGAUAUAAUGACUCUUCAACUCAGCGAGAAACGUACAAUUCUUCAACACUGCCAAACAACAGAACUAGUCCAGCUUUGGAGUUCUUCGACCGCGGAGUGCUAGAAUUACAUUUGAGCUCCGGUUUUGAUGAUCUAGGAACUCCAAAGUGGCAGUUGGUGUUGUGUGUCUUUUCCGUUUUUGUCAUUCUAUACUUCGCCCUCUUCAAAGGAGUUAAAUCUUCAGGGAAGGUAGUCUGGGUCACUGCAACAGCUCCUUACGUUAUACUUACCAUACUGCUGUUCCGGGGUGCAUUUCUUCCUGGAGCUGCUGAGGGAGUUACAUAUUACUUAAGUCCAGAUGUAUCGAAGCUCCUGCAUUCACAGGUUUGGGUAGAUGCUGCUGUUCAAGUUUUCUUUUCCGUGGGAGUGGGAUUUGGAGUACAUUUGACUUAUGCCUCUUAUAAUAAUUUUCAUAACAACUGCUACAGAGACUGUCUACUUACUACUGCAGUGAACAGUUUCACGAGCUUCUACAGCGGGUUCGUCAUCUUCAUUUUCCUCGGAUACAUGGCGCACAAACAAGGCGUCCCAAUCAACACGGUGGCUACAGAUGGCCACGGACUAGUAUUCCAAGUGUAUCCCGAAGCCAUUGCAACGCUUCCUGGUGGUCAAUUCUGGGCAGUGCUUUUCUUCAUUAUGUUACUAAGCCUGGGAUUAGACAGUGCGAUGGGAGGCCUGGAAUCCGUCAUUACUGGCAUAAUGGACGAGUUCAAGGAAUUCUUCGAUAGGUGGAAAUUCAGCCGAGAAGUUUUCACUUCCUUUGUUCUUUUCACAUCAUUCAGCAUGACUCUCAUCAACGUGACAAGAGGAGGUGGCUACACGAUGCAUUGGUUCGACAGUUACUCAGCUAGUAUUUCAUUGUUAUUUUCAGCACUAUUGGAAGCCGUUGGAGUUGCUUGGCUUUAUGGUAUUGACCAAUUCAGCGAAAAUGUGCGAGAAAUGAUUGGCCAUAAACCUGGGCUUUUCUGGAGGUUAUGCUGGAAAUUCAUCAGUCCUACCUUUUUAAUUGCAGUCAUCAUAUCAGCCAUCGUCAACAAUCCACCUCUAAAGUACCAGGAUUACUUCUAUCCCACAUGGGCUGUGGCAUUAGGAUGGGGUUUUGCUUUAUCUUCUGUAGCCAUGGUGCCAGCUGUCGCUUGUUACAAACUCUGGAAGGCUCAAGGUUCUUGCUCUGAAAAAAUUGCUUACACUAUUACUCCACAUAUAGAACGGAAAACUUACAAAGAAACGGGUACAGUAACGAGAUUCAAGUUGGAGCACUGGACAAAUGUUUAAAAAGACUUGAGCGAACCAAGAAACUUUUGGGGUUUAAUGCGAAACUACACAUAGAUUAUGCAUAAAGAAAUUAAUUCAUCAAUUCUUAUGAAGCUGUGCAAGUCGCAGGAAAGUGAAAAGGAUAAUAGCGAAGAAAUGGUUUACAAACCAGGCAUAACAAAUGCAAAUUAAGGAAGAAAAAACAAGGAGAUUCAGUGUUUAAGCAC